UCUUGAUGGAGACGCAGUAACAGGACACCGCAGCCUGUUACCGGACAGCCUCACGAGCCUCACCCGAACCUGAGACUCUCGGUGUACCUGUCGGUGCUUCGUGUCGGUGCUUUGUGUCGGUGAUGGAGGCGCUGGAGGGCGGAGUAUGCGGAGUGAAGGUGAUGUGCCGCUUCAGGCCGCUAAACGAGGCGGAGCGGAGCCGCGGAGACAAAAGCAUCCCGAAAUUUAACGGAGAGGACACCGUGGUGGUGGCGGGGAAGCCAUAUGUGUUUGACCAGGUCUUCCCUACGAGCACUGAACAAGUUCAGGUGUAUGACACCUGUGCCAAGCAGAUCGUCAGAGAUGUAUUGGGAGGCUAUAAUGGUACCAUCUUUGCUUAUGGUCAGACAUCGUCAGGAAAGACUCACACGAUGGAGGGGAACCUUCAUGACCCUCAUCAGAUGGGGAUCAUCCCUCGUAUUUCCAGAGAUAUCUUUGACCACAUUUACUCCAUGGAUGAGAACCUGGAGUUCCAUAUCAAGGUGUCUUAUUUUGAAAUCUAUCUGGAUAAAAUUAGAGACCUUUUGGAUGUUUCAAAGACCAACUUGGCUGUUCAUGAAGAUAAGAACAGAGUUCCCUUUGUGAAGGGGUGUACAGAGCGGUUUGUCUCCAGUCCUGAAGAGGUGAUGGACGUUAUCGACGAAGGAAAAGCAAACAGACAUGUUGCUGUCACCAACAUGAACGAGCACAGCUCUCGCAGUCACAGCAUUUUUCUGAUCAACAUCAAGCAGGAGAACGUGGAGACAGAAAUGAAACUGUCAGGGAAGCUUUACCUGGUUGACCUGGCAGGCAGCGAGAAGGUGAGUAAAACGGGAGCAGAAGGUGCCGUGUUGGAUGAAGCAAAAAACAUCAACAAGUCUCUCUCUGCUCUGGGGAAUGUCAUUGCUGCCCUGAGUGAAGGAACGAAAACCCACGUCCCAUACAGAGACAGUAAGAUGACCCGAAUCCUGCAGGACUCUCUGGGUGGAAACUGUCGAACCACCAUCAUUAUCUGCUGCUCGCCAUCUGUUUACAAUGAGGCUGAAACUAAAUCCACGCUUAUGUUUGGACAGAGAGCUAAAACCAUAAAGAACACAGUAUCUGUGAACCUGGAGCUGACAGCUGAGGAGUGGAAGAAGAAGUAUGAGAAAGAAAAAGAGAAGAACAGGAGUCUGACCAUCAUGAUCCAGAAACUGGAGAAUGAACUGAAACGUUGGAGGAAAGGUGAGUCUGUGCCUGUGGAGGAACAGUUGAGCAACAGAAACAAGAAGAGCAGUAGUGAGACAACAGCAGUGACUGACGGCUUGGCUGUGGCCCCUGUCCCCCUGUCUGAGGAGGAAAAGGUGCAGUACGAGACUCUCAUCACCGACCUGUACCAGCAGCUGGACAACAAGGAUGACGAGAUCAACCAGCAGAGUCAGACGUCUGAGAAACUCAAACAGCAGAUGAUCGAUCAGGACGAGCUGCUGGCAGCCACCCGACAGGACUACGAGCGGCUGCAGGAGGAGCUGUGCCGCCUGCAAAGGGACAGCGAUUCAGCUAAAGAGGAGGUGAAGGAGGUGCUGCAGGCGCUGGAGGAGCUUGCCGUAAACUAUGACCAUAAGAGUCAGGAGGUGGAGAACAAGAACCGCUGCACUGAACAGCUGAACGAAGAGCUUGCAGAGAAAACUGUGAGUCUGGAGGUGGUUCAGAGGGAGUUGUCCUCUUUGCAGGAGAUCAGCUCUCAUCAUAAGAAAAGGUCAGCAGAGAUCCUCAGUCUGCUGCUCAGAGACCUCAGUGAGAUCGGCAGCAUCCUCGGGACCACCGAGCUCAAAGCUAUGACUGAGAUGAGUGGAGUGUUGGAGGAGGAGUUCACCUCUGCUCGACUCUACAUCAGUAAGAUGAAAUCUGAAGUCAAAUCCCUGGUAAACCGCACCAAACAGCUGGAGGUCAACCUGGCAGAGACCACCUGCAAGAUGGAAGACAACGAAAAGGAGCUGAGCACCUGCCAGCUGCUCGUCUCACAGCUCCAGGCAAAACUGGCGUCUCUGACAGAUGACCUGCAUAAAGUGGAGCAGAAGAAGAGGCAACUGGAGGAGAGUCAGGAUGCUCUGAUGGAGGAAGUUGCCAAGCUCCGAGCUCAAGGUCAAAUGCAUGAGCUGACAGUGAUGGACAAAGAGAAAGAACACAUGAGCAGACUGAAGGAUGUCGUGGAAAUGAAGAGAACAUUGGAGGAACAGAUGGAGAACCACAGAGAGGUUCAUCACAAACAGCUGAGUCGACUCAGAGAUGAGAUUGAACAGAAACAGAGAGAAUUCGACCGGCUCAAAGAUGUGAAUCAGGCUUUGCAGCUGGAAAACAGGAAGCUUCAGUCUGACUGUGACAAACUGAGAGCUGAGGAUCAGAACAAAGACCAGAAACUACAGAAACUCCAGUUCCUGAACGAGAAAAGAGAACAAGCCAAAGAGGACCUGAAGGGUUUGGAGGAGACGGUGGCUAAAGAGCUGCAGACUCUAAACAACCUCCGUAAACUCUUCAUUGAAGACAUCAGGGCUCGAAUCAAGAAUAGUUCAGAGAACAGUGAUGAGGCCGGGGGCAGUUUGGCUCAGAGACAGAGGAUCAUCUUCUUAGAAAACAACCUGGAGCAGCUCAGCAGGGUCCACAAACAGCUGGUUCGGGAUAACGCAGACCUUCGUUGUGAGCUGCCCAAACUGGAGAAGCGUCUUCGGGUUACAGCAGAACGAGUGAAAGCUCUGGAAACCACCCUGAGAAAUGCUAAAGAGUCGGCUGUGAGGGAUCGCAAACGCUACCAACAGGAAGUGGACCGCAUCAAAGAGGCCAUGCGGUCCAAGAACCUGUCCAGAAGAGGACAUUCAGCUCAGAUCGCCAAGCCAAUCAGAGCCGGGCAUCAGCACCAUCAGAAUCCAUCAUCCUCCCACACUAUCAGACCGGCCAUUAGAGGAGGGGGCAUGGUGUCCAGCCCACGGCAACACUCCCGACAGCAACCUCAGCAAACUCUCCACCAGAGCCACAGCAAGUAGGCUCCAGGUAGCAGAUGACUGGAUCGGUUUCUUUUUUGUGGAUCUUUGGACUCUCCUGUUUUCACCACUCUGCCUUUACUGGAACCAGACUCCACAAUAUUCCACUUUAACAGCCAUUCCACCUUAAGAAACAUUCCACCCAAACACAGGUGCUCUCUGACUGUUUUUGUCUUCUCUUUGUGUCUUUCAAAAAUUCUUCAAAGAAAUGAAUGCUUAGAAAAUUUAGCAUUUGGAUUUUUUUUUUUAAUUAAAGCAAAUCACUUUCUUUUUUUUGCCUUUUUAUCUUAGAAUAGUGUGACAGUGAAGAGCAGACAGGAAAAUAGGGAGCAAGAGUGGGGGAAGACAUGCAGCAAAGGCCGCGGGAUGGACUAGGACCCAGGCCCCUGACUUUCAGCCCUAAGGCAAAUGGUUGCCUGCUCAUCCCAUGAGCUGAUCUGGCACCCUGUAAAUGACAUUUUUUAAACAUUAAUUUUUUUUGGCCUUUGUUGUCUUUAUUGCAUAGCAUUGUGGAGAGAGUGUAGAGAAAGACACACAGCAAAGUGUUUUGAGUCACAGUUGAAAGAAGGCAACUGCAUAUGGUUGCCUGCUCAAUUUGUGAGCUAAACCAGAGCCCAUUAAAGUCACAUUUUUUAACAAAAUUCAGUUUUGAUUUAAAACUGAAAUUUAAAAUCUAAUUCUCAAACAAAUAUUUGCAGACCUCCAAUCAGAGUUUAUUCAGCCCUCUGAUUAAGAGACAACAGAUUUUCCACUGAGGUUCAGAAUCACUGGCUUUCCAAUAGAAAAAUAAAACAAGUCAGAAAGGAAAAAUGAAAUAAGAACUCAAAAUGACCUUUAAAAAAUGUUAUUGUCCAAAGUCAGAAACAUUGACACUAAAGUCAGAACAUAAAGAAACUUUAAUACAUUUCAUUUUAUGACAGUCACAAUUUAACAAAGAAAGAAAUGUAAAACAAAUGUAAUAUUAAUUCAAACUUAAUUUUCAUAAAUAUUACAAGUAUUAUCUCCUUAUAUAGUAUUAAUGAAACAAAUCAUGAAACAAUUUUACAGCAUUUUUAAAGACUUUACACUUAUUUGUUGAGUGUAUUAUGAAGAUAAGGACCUGAAGAGUUCCACUGGCUGAUUGCAAGCAGUAUGAAAAGUGAAACAUAAAGUAAAAA